GGAAGGCUUGUUUUUCAUUAUUGGAUUCCCAUCCUUGUUAUGAUGCGAUAUCUGACUUGCCACAAAACAUUUUGUUGUAGUUGUUGUUGUGGGUUUGUUGAUGGGUGUGAUGUGUAUGUAGCACAAGAAGGGGUUUUCCUUCAGCCUUUCUGAAAUAUUUGCAUUUAGUGAGGGUCAAAAGGUGGCUGAUAGCUAUUGAAAGCACAUGUGAAUAUUUCUGGGAAGCUUCAGAAUGCCAUGCCCCUUUGUACAUUUCAGCCUUUUCCUCGCAAAGAAAAGCUAUUUGUCUGAAACAUGUCUGGAAUACCUUUUGCAGAGACUUCUAGGCAAUUAGUCAUAGACAAUGCUUGUUUCGUCUUAAACUGCCUGACAAAAAGGAAAAGAGAAGAGGCCAUUUCUUUAACUGAUCAUAGGGGAACAAAUCUGCAGUAGUUCUUCCACCAUGAAAGCACUACUGUGAGGUGUAACAGGACGCACUGAUGAAGAUGAGUGUAGAGCGUGAUCUAAAUGGCAUUAUGCCGUGCAUUAGCCCAUUUCUCACGAAACACUGAGUGUGCAGACUUUAUUCAUUUUGAAGUAUCAUCAGAACGGGCUGGCAGCUGCUGCUGCUGUUUGCUGUGUCAGGAUGCGGAGAUAUGACCCCUCCGCAUCAGUGUUCUCUCACAGCGGGAGGUCUUGCACGGGUCCGACUCGCUUGCACACGCAUCUCGCAUUCAAAAUGACCCUGACCCAAUACACAUAUGCACACAGGCGCACGUGCACACACACACACACACACACACAACCCAGUCAGUUGUCAGUGUGUGUGGAUCUGGGCUGGUGGCUAACGGUUGUUGCAUUGAGUGCGCUGCAUCGUUGCUCAGCCUGUGGCUUAGAUGCCAGGCAGAGAUAAAACUGACACUGCGUGUGGGCUGAGGUGCAGCACAGCACAGCACAGAACAGCAGGCAGAACAACAGCUGAACGAACAUAGAGAAUCAUUCAUCUUCAUCACUGGAGUUUAGAGAGGCAGAUCAAGAGAAGCAGACACAGACAGACAGACCGAUAGACACACCGACAGGCGAACAGACAGACACUCAGACAAAGAGAGAGAGAGAGAGCAGCGGUUCUAUGAUCCUGAGUAGAGGUAGGAGAGUGGCGAAAUAAGAAACGCAGUAUGCAUCUUGUGGUGGAGUCUCCGAAUGAAGCUAUGCUGAAGGUGCUGCCCUACUUUGGCCACUCUCAGACUGAGAUCUGCAGACUCCUCAGUGAGAGCUUCUUUAUGGUCAAAGGGGCAGCUCUGUUUCUCCAGCAGGGCGGCAAUAGUAACACACAAGAUCCCAGGACCCCAACUCACCACAAACACGCAGGUGAUUUACCCCAACACCUGCAGGUAAUGAUCAACACUCUUCGCUCUGAGGACCGCAUUACGCUGGCUGUCAGAUUGGAGAGUGUCUGGUCUGAUCGUGUGCGAUACAUGGUCGUUGUUUACACAAAUGGGAGACAAGAUACGGAAGAAAACAUCCUUUUGGGCAUGGAUUUCACAAACAAGGACAGCAAAAGUUGUUCCAUUGGGAUGGUUUUGCCUUUGUGGAGUGACACCAGUAUACACUUGGACGGUGAUGGAGGCUUCAGUGUGAACACAGCUGGACACUCACACGUAUUCAAGCCGGUGUCAGUCCAGGCCAUGUGGUCCGCCCUGCAGGUCCUACACAAAGCCUGCGAGGUGUCGCGCAGGUACAACUACUUCCCAGGCGGGAUGGCGCUCACCUGGACGGGUUACUACGAGAGCUGCAUCUCCUCGGAGCAGAGCUGCAUCAAUGAAUGGAACGCCAUGACCGACCUGGAGACCUCUCGGCCUGACUCACCCACUAUGUUCACUGACCGGCCGACAGAGAGAGAGCGAACAGAAUGUCUUAUCAAGUCCAAACUACGCAGUGUCAUGAUGUUCCAGGAUCUGGAGAAUGUCACCUCAAAGGAGAUUCGCACCGAGCUCGAACAACAUAUGAGCUGCAACCUCAAGGAGUACAAGGAGUUCAUCGACAACGAGAUGUUGCUCAUCCUCGGCCAGAUGGACAAAGCCACGCUCAUAUUUGACCACCUCUACUUGGGCUCGGAGUGGAAUGCCUCUAAUCUUGAAGAGCUGCGAGACUUGGGGGUGGGUUACAUCCUUAAUGUCACCAGGGAGAUUGACAACUUCUUCCCAGGCACAUUUGCAUAUCAUAAUAUACGAGUUUACGACGAGGAGGCCACUGAUUUGCUGGCUCAUUGGAAUGACACCUACAACUUCAUCGUCAGAGCCAAGAAAAAUCAGUCCAAGUGUCUGGUACACUGUAAGAUGGGUGUGAGUCGAUCAGCCUCCACAGUGAUCGCUUACGCCAUGAAGGAGUAUGGCUGGUCCCUUGAGAAGGCCUUAAACUUGGUGAAACAGAAGAGGACCAUCGCAUGCCCCAACUCUGGCUUCAUGAGGCAACUGGCUGAGUACGAGGGCAUCCUGGACGCCAGCAAACAAAGGCACAAUAAGCUGUGGCAUCCUGAGGGAGGGGGCGAUGAGAUGCCUGAGGGGGCCCAGGUGUGCUGUGGCCCUGAGGGGGAGCGUGGGGAAGGGGAGGAGGGCGAGCCGGCGUGGAUGCGGGAAGGAGGCGCAUCUGCGUCUCCUCACUGCUGCGGAGGUGUAGUGGAGAUGGCGCCCCUGGACCAGCUGAACUACAACUACUACUUCCGCCGCCUGUCGGACACAGCACUGGACAGCGAGCCCUCAACACCAGUGCGUGGCCCUCCGCUGCUGGGCCUCGAGCGCGUCUUCAUCGAGAUCGAGGACGUGGAGCGCGACGCGCUGCUGGACGACGACGGCUUCCCCACGCCGACGCUGGGCCCGCCGCUCGGAGAGGGGACGGCGGCGCAGACCUGCAGCAGGCUGGAGCCCCUGGAAGACAUGCGUCUGCGGCUGGAGUUCAGUACGGUGGAGGAAGAGGACGAGGAGGAGGCACAGAAGGAGGAGGCCGAGAUGGCGGCGCUCGCCAGCGGAGCGGCCGGGGGAGCGGGGGCAGAGGGUGGCCAGGACGGGGGCGCUGUGUCCCGGUCGUCAUCCGGGUCCUCGCUGGCCAACCUGAACCGCUUCAACAACGAGAAUGCCAACAACAGUAAUCGUCUCGCCAACAAACGCAGCUGCCCGCCUACCUUUGACGACAGUGCUAGCAUCAGAAACCCUUACAAGGUGAAGCCCUCUUACCAGUCGUGCCGGGACUGCCUGCGUCUGCCAUCGAGUCGGCGCUGCGAGCGCUCGGCCGGAGGGCGCACCCACCGCCUUAAUCCCCCACGCCACUCCACGCUUCCCACCAUCUCCAUAGAGCCCCCGCGAGGGGCAGGUAUCCCCUUCGUCCCCACGCGCCCCUCCUCCUCCUCCUCCCACAUGCUCCAGAUUCCAGCGGCUAGCACCCGCCCCCCUCCCGCCCAGCCCCCCUGCAGCCACCUCUGCCGCUGUGGCCGAUGCCCCCGCUGUGCCAACCGUGUCCUCCCCGGACCGGCCCCUCCCCCAAUGGCAAGCCUGGAGGCUUACCGUCAGCAGCUGGUGUCCCCCAUGAAUUGUGAGGAGCUCCAGCGGGAUCUGCAGUGCCCACUGGAGACAGAGGACCUGGAGGAGCUGCAAGAGGAAGAAGAAGAAGCAGAAAAGGAUGAGGAAGAGAAGCGAAGAGGAAGGCAAGGGGCAGUUAGCACAGGGGUCAUUAGCGAGCUCACACUGCUCCAGCUGAGUCUGGAUGGUGGAGAGAGGCCUGUCACAGAGCUGCACCAGGAGCCCUUGUCUAUGAAGCCAGUUGUGGAGCUACCACAGGAGCCCCUGUCUGUGACACCUGUUGUGGAGCUACACCAGGACGCUCUCCCAUUGAGGCCAGAAGCAGAGCUGCAUCAGAAAGACUUGUUAGGACACACGCUGACCACUGGCCUGGUGCGGCAGCGUCUGGAGCAACUCUCCAGCCUGCCCCUAGAGGACACCCUCCCCAAAGGAUCCCAGCCAGAGCUGAUGGACCUAGGCAGGGCUGGGGAGGAGAAGGCGCCCCAUGGCCCCAUGGAGGACAUGGAAAUAGAGAGCGGCAGUGGCAUUAGUGGCGUUCAAGCUUUGGAGACUCCUGUUCUUUCGCCAGGCAGGGCUCUCCUUCCCUCUUCCCCGCUCGGGUGCUCCCUGACCCGCAGCUCCAGCAGUGACAGCCUGGCCAGCCUGGCCAGUGUCCGGGGGGGGGAGCCGGGUCUGGUACGGCAGCGGGCACAGGAAAUUGAGACACGCAUGCGGCUAGCAGGGCUCACCAUCCCCUCCCCCCUCAAACGCUCCAACUCCUUGGCCAAGCUGGGCGACCUCACCCUCUCCACCCAGGACCUCUCACCCUCCCAACUUUCCGACUCCAGCGCAGGAGAACAAAUGCCCCUGUAUCCCGCCCUCCCCUCCAUUCUGGCCAAAUCCCAGUCUGGGGUACCUCAAAGCUAACUCUCUCUCUUCCUCAUUUUGAAACAGUAGGUCCCAGUUACUGUUUGAAAACAUUCAACAACACAAUCAUAAACUAGAUCAAGAUAACCUCUCUGGGCUUCAGUCGUCUUUAACUGAGCAGACUGACCCCCGACUUCUGACACUAUACUGGUAUAUAAUGUUGCCCUUUGGCCAUAUUGGUGCCCCAUAUUAUGACCCUUACACAACACAGAGCCUGGCCACCUGCUUCCACGUCUCACAACACACCAAGACAAUCCAGCUGUCAGCCUUCAAUUACCUUUACACUUCACCACAGGGAUGAGUGUGGCACUAGCGUACACCAUGGAAACUGACUGGCUUUCGGUGACUCCUGACACCUAAUGCGGUCAGGGGCUGAGGACUCUAGCAAACGAUUGAUUGACACUUGAUUGAUCACUCUUCAACUAGUCCCACAGAGAAGCACUAAGCUCUGCGUGUGUUUGUCUUUUCUAAUUCUUCUCUUUUUUUUUUAGGUCUGUGGUACCAUUUGCGUGCAUCACAGUCGAACGCCAUUGGCCAGAGCAAUGCUUACCAUGCGGUCAAGCAUCGGGAGGAAGUGCAGCGCGUCAUGUAAUUCUCCCUGUACUUCCUCCUUAGUUCAUGCGUCAGACCGCACAACAAGCCGGGGCUUCCAACAGUGUUUCCUCAGAGCCCGCAAAAACCCUUAAUGUAAUUUACCUGAGGCCGUUUACGGCACAAAAUACUGCCUGUGUUGUGCAAAAGCCACACAUUUAAAAAGAACAAGAGGAUCAAGGCAUGUGAGUGACCCAAGCAAGGAAACUUUAGUGGCAAAGGACUGAAGCUAGAGAACAAAUGAAAUGUUUCUGUUUUAAAGUAUGAAUGUCCAUCUUGCCAUAUACUCGCGCUUUGACCUUAGUCGUGAAAAAAUUGCAGACAGUGCAACAUUGGUCUUGGCUGAAAAUGUUGAGUUCUGAGAAGUUUCCAAAAGCACAGAUUUAAGUUUAUCCCUUUUUACUCCAGAUUUUUUCUGCUUUGUAUUUAUUUUUGUGUUUAUUUAUUAGAUAAACAGAUUGUAUUAUUUAAUAUAUGUAUCAGAACACCUGUAUGCAACUUAACCCUGUUUACGUAUGGUACCUAGUCGUACGCUCGUAGUUUGUUUAAAGAAGCCUAGGAGGGUGAUGCCACUGGUACUGUGAAUGCAGAGGUGAAAUGGGAAAGCCAUGGAAAACUAAAGACUGAACGGUGUUGUGAUUGUGUGUGUGUGAGAGAGAGAGAGAGUGUGUGUGAGAGUGUUUGCGUGCGUAUGAG